GAAGGGACAGCAUUAAUUGUCAAAGAGAGGGAGAGCCAUGGGAUGGGCAGGAGGAAUUGGAAUAUCAAAGGACAGGCCAAAAAACCACAAGAUAAUCUUUUUUGAGUUUGGCAAUACUUCCUGCCACACCCCUGCUAUUCCCAUUCACCUUAGUCCUGAUUUCCAACAAACCCUCUUUUGUCUUUUUAACUCUCCCUCCGCUCUGUCCAUACAUCUCCUUCAAGAUUGACACUACACUCAGCUAUUCCAGCCCAUGUUUCUCUCCAGUAGACACUCAUGCAGAAUUAUGGAGUGUUGAGAUUGUGCUGGAGACCUUCAGAAUAAUAUUCCUUGUUAUCAACCAGCAGAUUGAAAAUUAGAUCCCCCAACAUGCAUCCACUCGUGACAUCUAACCUUCCCUUUCCCAGUAUCCCAUCCUUUAGUUCUCCUUUAUUUGUAGCCAGAUGAACACACAUACACACAACUGCAUUUACCUUUGUGUUUAAAUUUCCAUGAGUGCAGAUGAAAGAUCAUCCAUAUUAGCUGCCAAUACUUGUUUUUCUGAAUUACAAAGCAGCAGUAGUCAUCAGUAUAUCCAGGUUUCAGUGGGAAUUUCUCACAGCUGCUCUACAAAGGAAAUGUACUGUUAUUGCGGAGGGGAAGAAUCUAAUUAUAUAACUUACAGUAGAUGACGAUCUGGCAUGUCCCUAAAGGGAGUAGUGUAUAAAAAGGGAAGUUCAAAACUGAAUGCCUUCUGUUGCCUGCUCAUCUAGUUGAUCGCACAGCUGAGAUGAUAUUCACAUGCAUUUUCUUUUCUUGGGUCUGGGCGAUGGCAGCAGGCUCACUGCAGGUAGUUCAUAGGAAGUUCCAAUUGUCCAAGACUGGAGAAAAUGUUACUUUCCAAUGCCAGCUUGUCAUGGAUUAUGAAGUGCUGCAAGUCACCUGGCAGAAGGAGAGUGGAGAGGGAAAAGGCAACAUAGCAACCUACAGCAGGAUUAAUGGACACAGAAUCCUGGCUAACUAUAGCAGCCGUGUGAACUUCACCCAGAGUGAGCUGACAGUCUCUGCCAUUACUGUUCAUGCAGUCACGCUGCAGGACGAAGGCUGUUACAAAUGUAUCUUCAAUACAUUUCCCAGGGGAUCCAUCACUGGCAGGACAUGCCUCAAGGUUUAUGCAAUAUCAGAGCCCAUACUGGAGGCCAAGCUCGUGUCCAGUCCAGACAAUGGUGAGGAGGAGGUGCUGGAAAUAAGCUGCUCAGUAACAGGGAAACCAGCUCCAGUGAUCAGCUGGAACCUGUCCCAUCACCUUCAGCAGGAGCCAGGACAGUAUCUCAUCAAUCACUCAGACCAGACUGUGACUGUUAUCAGCAAUUUCACACAUGUCCCCUCCAGGAUUCACUGGGAGAACCCAGCUGGCUGUGUGAUCCAACAUCCGCUCCUAAACGUGACGCUGACUCUGUCCAAGGAUGGGCAGGUCCACGGCCAAUCAGCAACAGGCAAUGCUGUAACAAUCUAUGUAUUGGUUGCUUUGAUUCCCUUGGGGCUCUUGUGCAUCUGCUUCUGCAUCUUGUGCAUCCGCUGGAAGCGACAGCACCAAAUGGAUAGAAACAAAGCUGAUCUCUAUUGGGUUCUUCCCAUAUGCACCAAGGACAUGAGGCAUGGACAGUGUACAAAAAAUGAUAAAGAAAGCCCUGACAAACUUCCUCCCUUUAGAGAACUCUUGGACAGAUGAACGCGUGGUGUUGGGAGAAUUUUGCCUAACAGUGGUGAAAUGAAAAUAGUGCUGGGUUUGGAUGUGUGAAACUGAUGUCUAGCUGUAUUUGUAACAUCACAGACUUCCACAUGAAUCACAUUAUGUGCAACUUGCCAUGUUUUAUACAAAAAAAAAAUCCCACAAAAUUUUUUUAUUUCUAUUUAUGGUUGAAUAAAUGAGCAAUAAGCAUAGUUGUAUAUAGAAUGCAGUCGGUAUUUAUCGGAGACUGUUAAAUUAUAGUUUUGUAGAUCUGCACAAUAAAACACAAGUUUUGUAUUUUC